AUGAAACCGGCAAUAGCUAAUAACACCGGUGGUGGAGUUGGUGGAGGAGGAAUUGGUUCCCUUAACAAUUCACCCCUAUCACCGAAUGGCAGUUUUCCCAAUAUUGAAAAACCUCGCACCGAUUAUUCCAGCAUAAGUGGAAAAAAGGUUUUGGUAUCACCCACCGAGGAACAGUUUGAAUUGUUGAAAAAACGUUUGCAGGAACGUACCGAGGAUAGUCGCGGGGAAACAAUUUAUGAAAUUGGCGUGGGAGAGGAUGGGGGCGAUAGUGGUCUGGAUGAGGAAGAAUAUCAGGCAGCUGUUGCCACAUUACAAUCUCUGGCCACGACCAUUGAUGCCGAUAUGGUAUUGCUGCGACAGCGUAAAGUUGAAAAAGGCCUAACGGGUCAAUAUCUGAUACGUAAACGUGUUGAUACCUCCGAUUUUAUGGAAAUAAGAGUGGCCGUUGUGGGUAACGUAGAUGCCGGCAAAUCUACUCUACUGGGUGUCCUCACCCAUGGUGAUUUGGAUAAUGGACGUGGCCAUGCUCGUCAACGUUUGUUCCGCCACAAACAUGAAAUGGAAAGUGGUCGUACCAGUUCGGUGGGCAAUGAUAUUCUUGGCUUCGAUAGUGUCGGCAACGUUGUAAAUAAACCCGAUCACGGGACAUUGGAUUGGGUAAAGAUCUGUGAGAAGUCAGCCAAGGUAAUAACCUUUAUUGAUUUGGCUGGUCAUGAACGUUACCUGAAAACCACUGUGUUUGGCAUGACAGGUCAUGCACCGGAUUUUGGAAUGUUAAUGAUUGGCGCCAAUGCCGGCAUAGUUGGUAUGACCAAAGAACAUUUGGGUUUGGCCUUGGCACUCUCCGUGCCGGUAUUUGUCGUUGUAACCAAAAUCGAUAUGUGUCCACCGAAUGUGCUGCAAGAUAAUCUUAAAUUAUUAUUUAAAAUUCUCAAAUCGCAAGGGUGUCGCAAAGUACCCGUUAUGGUAAAGACAGCCGAUGAGGUGGUGCUGAGUGCGACAAAUUUCGUAUCCGAACGGUUGUGUCCCAUUUUCCAAGUGUCCAAUGUGACGGGCGAAAAUUUGGAUUUGCUGAAAAUGUUUUUAAAUUUGUUAACGACGCGUAUGUCGGGGCAGGAUAAUUCACCGGCUGAAUUUCAAAUUGAUGAUACAUAUUCGGUGCCGGGUGUGGGCACUGUCGUUUCCGGCACCUGCCUUCAAGGCUUGAUAAAACUUAACGACGUACUAAUGCUCGGCCCAGAUCCCUUGGGCAAUUUCAUGCCCAUUGCCGUCAAGAGCAUACAUCGCAAACGUAUGAAUGUCAAAGAGGUGAGAGGCGGUCAAACUGCCAGCUUUGCCUUGAAGAAAAUCAAACGAUCUCAAAUACGCAAAGGCAUGGUUAUGGUUAGUCCGGAACUUAAACCGCAAGCAUGUUGGGAAUUUGAAGGUGAAAUUCUGGUAUUGCAUCAUCCGACUACCAUAUCGUCACGCUAUCAGGCUAUGGUCCAUUGUGGCAGUAUACGUCAGACCGCCUCCAUUGUAAAUAUGUCCAAGGAAUGUCUACGGACCGGUGAUAAGGCUCAUGUUAAAUUUAGAUUUAUAAAACAUCCGGAAUAUAUAAGACCCGGUCAGCGAAUGGUAUUUCGUGAGGGGCGCACCAAGGCUGUGGGCAAUGUACUGAAACCCAUUACAAAUUCACAGGCCGCCCAAAAUCGACCGAAACCCAAUAAAAUGCAAUCACGAUCACAGGGUCAGGGUAGUUCGCAGCACAGCAAUAAUCCACCACAAAAUCAAAACCAAAAUCCCAAUGUCCAGGCAGCGGCAGCCAAUAAUAGUGGAACGAAAUCUGAUAUGGAUUUGAAAAAUCACAAAAGCGAUGGAGUCCUAGAGGUCACAGUGGACAAGAGAGAUAAUACAAGGCUGGCCAAUAAACGUAACGUGAAUAAAAAGACCAUAGGUUCGGCAACGGCAUCUGCAGGUGGUGGGGGUGCGGCGGGUGCUGGUAGUGUUACGGCCAACUCCAAUGAGACAACGUCACAAAUCAAUGCAACAAAUACACCGCAACAUAUUGCCGGAAAAGUCCAGUAA